AUGGAUUCCUUUACGACAUCUCCAACCCCCAGUAGCAUGCCCCCGUCUGUAUCGGUGACCCCAUCUCUCCGGUCUUUGGCCACACCGCUUGCGGACCAUGUGAACUCCACGCAAUAUUGGGCGCCCAUCGAUCCCCUAGCCAUAUCAAACAACGGGUUUGACUCCCAGACCUCAAGCCCCAGUCACACAUCCGGCAUAACAGCUAAGUAUUACAGACCCCGGUCAGCUGUCCAUAGAAGAGACACAACCCCGGAAUGUGUUUCUCUCUUGAAGCAGAUUACUACCAACUCCGUAGCUAGCAGCAUUACGCCUGCGCUGUCUGUUUCUCAGUCAAUGACGCCCUCCUAUUCUGAGUACGAAUUCUAUGAUAUCCAGGCCCAUCUGGGUAAGCCACACACCCUGACUUCCCAUCUGCCAACCCCCGCCUCUCGUGCAUCCAAGAACACAAUACAGUCGUUUGCACUCCCACGUGCGCCACAAUCCAAUGGAGGGCCCUUGCGACAAGGUCUUGAGCAAAGCAACCAGAGCAAGUGGGCAGAACUCAUGGUGCGAGCCAGAAAUACAUUGAAAUGCAAGGCCGGCGCACAGGUCAAUGAGCAAGCGAUAUUGCACAUGUUUGAGCGUCUUGUGAACUUUGCAGAGACGACACAAGCUCAAAAAUCGCUUCCGUCUGUUGUGUCAGCCAAAUCACAGACCAAGCCAAAGCAGCGCGGGAGUGUUCUACGGUCUGUACCUCUAGCUGGGGGCGAGGUGGAUCCAGAUGAGGAGCUCGAGUGCUCCACGCGUGGUAUCCGCAAGGAAGACAAGGAUGACUACCGUAAGGUUUUGCUGGAAGAACUGGAAGCUUACACUGACACUGCCCUUGGAAUGCAUGUAGAUGCCAUGGCUAACGACAUAGACGAGACGGGCGUCUUCUCUGUUCAGGCUCGACAAGCAGCUCUUCUAAGCACUUUUCAGGAAGGAUUUAGAUGCGGAUUCAUUUGGGGAGUCCGAUUUUAUGAUCCUGACCCUUCCUGUGCCGUUGCAGACGGUGAAACAUACAGAACCAGGGGUAGAGCGUCUCCAAAGGGUGCGCAAGCGGUCUCUCAGGAUUGCUCUGGAGAAAAGGAGGGCUUUAAUGCAUUGCUCAAGCAAUUGCGUACAUCACAGCUUCAAGACCUUCUUUCUAGAAUAGCAUUGGAGCUUCCUACGCAACCCGCAGCUCCAGCUGAGUGCGUGGCGCUGGUCCAGGCUGCAGUAAAGGGCCAGAAGCAGGUGCUAGCGUAUCGGAAAAUACUGACACUUGCAAUUGAGAAGCUCCUCUUUUUUAAGCACUUAAUCACAAUGACUCGCACAGCGUUACCCUCUCAGGUUGAUCUCAUCGAGGAAACCGAUCCUGUGUUGCUUAAUCAGCGCCCCGAAUUCACCGACGCCUUUGUGGAGCAGCUGCCGGACAUUCUUCAUAAAGAGGGUAACAGGGUAGCAUAUGCGCUCAAGGAAGCGUGCAGGCUCAAAGAGUUCCGUGCGGUCAUAGCCAAAGCCCUUGGGUAUCAGCAAGUUGAGCAGCUAGCUGAUCUGUACGACCUUGAAGACGUUAGAGAUGCUCAUGCAGAGCUACUUACCCUCUUCCGGAAUCUUCAGCGAAGUGGGUCUUCGCAACAAGCAGGUGCCUUAGACAUAUUACUGCCUCUCGGGCCUUAUGUUGAUGAAUUUCAACGGCGCACCGUGAAGUCUCACAUCGGCCUCAAUCCGACUGGGAAGGAUGACCUUAUAAAGGCCGCAGACACGUUCUUGUACAGUGUUGGCCCAGAGCGCUUUAAGCUUGUCCAGGAUGGCGUUGAUGCUACUGUCCGGCGGCAUCCUGAGAUACUUUUGAGGCUGACGAAAGAAGAAGCAUACUCGGCCGUUGCAGUAUUUGUCUUCGUGGUCAACUAUUGCUGCAAGAUGUUCAGUUGCACGUCGGUAAUAGGGCUUCUUCCAACCGUCUCAAAGAUUCAUGUUCAGCUCAGUUCUUUGCAGAAUCUUGCGGCUGCGCUAAGAAAGACUCUCGGAUUCACGGGAGACGCGUCCCACAACAGGAUCAUCGAGCGGGUCAAUGCGAUCGCCCUUCACACAGCUGAACGAGUUGGUGUCUUCACUCCCACAGAGGCAGGUGAAAUAAUGUCUGCUCUUGGAGUCACCAACGUGGCAGACGUCAUCCCAGCAAUAAGCUUGCUAAAGGCUAGAGGGCCAUGA